CGGAUUACUAGGUCCUUAUUUAGGUCCACAUAUAACUCAAUUCGGCUUAGCUUAUCCGAUAAUGUUUUCGAUUGGGUUUCUUAAUGUCAUGGCUUGUGCAAGAUUAUCCAAGGAACAGCGUCGUCCGAUAUUUAGAUGGAUACUUUAUCUUUUAUGGUGUAUUUACGGUGAAUUAAGUUUGGAAGAAGAUGCUAGUCAAAGACGUAAAACUACUCUUAAAGCUUCCUUACAAUAUAAUAUCCUUGCACGCAACGAAUCUAUUACUGGUUGGAUUGAAGUUGUAGAAGAAACCAAACCUCGUAACAUUCGUGUAUUACGUGCUGGUCACUCUUUCGGUCUUGGUAUUGGUGUAUUAACAUCAUCAUUACAAGCUCAUAAUAUUGAAUUGGACGUGGUUGAACUUGAUCCGGUGGUUUAUGAUUUUGCUAUAAAUUAUUUUAAUCUGAAACAUGAGCAUAAAAUAUAUCUUCAGGAUGGUCGUAAAUUCAUUGAUAAUGCAGAUUCUCAAACAUAUGAUUAUGUAUUACAUGAUGUAUUUACUGGAGGAUCAGUACCAUCAACUUUAUUUUCGAUUGAAGCUUUGGAACAGAUUAAGAGAAUACUUAAGACAAACGGCGUUUUAGCAUUGGUAUUUAAAACGGACAAUAGAGAUUUCUGA